GCGCGCGCUGCGGCGUUAUAAAGGCUGCCCGGCUCCUGGAGGGGAGCAUCAGGUGGCGCAGGUGGAGGCUCCUGCGCGCAGCUCCGGGCUCUGGCACCCAGCGGCAGUCAUGGCUCCAAGACCACAAGUGGAGACAGAUUCUUCUUCAGCACGCAAACAUGACAAGUCUCAGUUCAAAGACAAGGAUCUGUCACCAUCUUACUCCACCAUGGAGCUGGUGAAUGAGCCGAGGGAAGAAGAUCCCUGGGAUCUCCCUGAGCUCAAAGACACGGGGAUCAAGUGGUCAGAGCUGGACACAAAGGGGAAGGUUUUGCGAGUAGUGAGCGCCAUUGUCAAGCUGGUUUUGCUGCUCGGACUCCUUUACCUGUUCAUCUGCUCUCUGGACGUCCUCAGCUCUGCUUUCCAACUUGUUGGAGGUAAAGCUGCCGGUGACAUCUUCCAGGACAAUGCUGUGUUGUCAAACCCCGUGGCUGGGCUGGUGAUCGGGGUGUUAGUCACUGUCCUGGUGCAGAGCUCCAGCACCUCCUCCUCCAUUGUGGUCAGCAUGGUGUCCUCUGGAUUGUUGGAUGUGAAGUCUGCAGUGCCAAUCAUCAUGGGAGCCAACAUCGGCACGUCUGUCACCAACACCAUCGUGGCCAUGAUGCAGGCUGGCGAUAGGAAUGAGUUCCGCAGGGCCUUUGCAGGCGCCACGGUGCACGAUUUCUUCAACUGGCUGUCUGUGCUCAUUCUUCUGCCGUUGGAAGCCGCCACGGGCGUCCUGUUAAAACUCACACAACUCAUCAUAGAUUCCUUCAACCUGGAGAGCGGAGAGGACGCUCCUGACCUGCUGAAAGUCAUCACCGAUCCUCUCACAAAGUCCAUCAUCCAGCUUGACAAAUCUGUCAUCGGUGACAUUGCAUUGGGAGUCCCAGAGGCAAGGAACAAGAGUCUAAUCAAGAGAUGGUGCAAGGUUGAGGUCAACACGACUUUCUGGAAUGAGACAGUGGAGUUCUGCCCAGCCGGAGCAGUCUGCUGGGAGGAAGGAAACCAGACGGUGACCCAGAUGAACCAAACUUGGACCAACAACCUGGAGAGAUGUAAACACAUUUUUGCCAACAUUAACUGGUCAGACCUGGCAGUGGGCCUCCUGCUUCUGGCUCUGUCUCUGCUGGUCCUCUGCAUGUGCCUCAUCCUCAUCGUCAAACUGCUCAACUCCAUGUUGAAAGGACAGGUGGCAGUGGUCAUCAAGAAGGUCCUCAACACAGAUUUCCCUUUCCCCUUCGGUUGGGUCACCGGGUACAUUGCGAUUCUUGUUGGAGCGGGGAUGACUUUUAUUGUUCAGAGCAGCUCCGUCUUCACUUCAGCCAUCACACCUCUUGUUGGUAUUGGUGUGAUCAGCCUAGAAAGAGCUUAUCCUCUGACGCUGGGCUCCAACAUUGGCACAACGACCACAUCCAUUCUCGCUGCAAUGGCUAGUCCUGGAGAAACAUUAUCUAACUCUCUGCAGAUUGCGCUCUGCCACUUCUUCUUUAACAUCUUUGGCAUCAUAAUCUGGUAUCCACUCCCCUUCAUGCGACUACCCAUCCGGCUGGCCAGAGGACUGGGGAACCGGACAGCCAAGUAUCGCUGGUUUGCUGUCCUCUACCUCAUUCUGUGCUUCCUGGUCGUCCCCCUGACUGUUUUCGGCUUGUCUGUGGCUGGCUGGAAGGUGCUGGUCGGGGUGGGCGUGCCAAUCGUUGCGCUCAUCGUCGUUGUUGUCGUCAUCAACGUGGCACAGUCCCGACGGCCGCACUUCCUGCCCAGGUUCCUCCGCAACUGGGACUUUUUGCCUCAGCCUCUCCACUCCAUGAAACCUUGGGAUGCUGCUGUGGCUAAAUCCACUCUGUUCUGUGGAAGAUACUGCUGCGGCUGCUGCAAGUGCAGCAGCUGCUGCAGGAAGGACGAGGAGGAGGGGGAAGUCUCCGGGAGGAGCAGCAAGAGUCUGGAGGGCCACGAUAAUCCCGCUCUGUCCACCGAUGAAGACAAAAAAGAAGAGCGCACGGAUUUCUAACGUCUCUGAGUUAACUUGGUGUGCCGACGCAAAGUAGAGCGAUCUGUAACAUAACUGUAAUUAUGGGUUUUGUGGUUGAUUCCACGCUGACGUUCUCAGCUGGAAGGUGUGAACACGAGGUGCACAUUCUGUCUGCUGCUGCACAUUUUGGGGAUUGCUAACGUGCAUUUUUAUAUAGGAAAUCAUGUGUGGAAGGCACUUUUGGUUUUAUUUCCAAUUCUAAACAUUUCCACUGAUGUAGCAUGUACAAUUUAAAGUUAUUUACAUAUGGUAUUACUCUGUAUUUAAGUUCAUUUAAUGUUUGUAAAUAAAUUUUUUAAUUUGCUAUUUUUAAA